AUGACUGCGCCCGUCGUGACGUGGAACGCCCGCUCGCUGUGCCUUCGUGCUGCCGAUUUUUCCGACCUUCUUCGUGUCCACCGCCCGGCCAUUGUUGGUGUCACAGAGACUUGGCUUACCGAUGGCGUCCGUUUCCAGGUCCCUGGUUACGCCGUCCAUCGUGCCGACCGUGCGUCCGGCCUUCGUGGGGGCGUUGCGAUCUUUGUCCGUUCGGAUCUCCGGCACCAUCGUCGCGCGCUGCCCCAGCUGACGAACUUGGAGGCUGUCGCCGUGAAGAUCACGGGGGUCGCCCAGCCGUUUACGUUUUGCUCUGUUUACUCGGCACCGCAUAAGGCCUUUCCCGUGCUGGCCUUCACCACCUUGCUGCGUCUGGACAGGCACUGCGUCAUCGCGGGCGACUACAAUUGUCGGCAUGUUCACUGGGGCUGCGCCACCACCGACUUUCGUGGCCGUGGUCUCUACAGGCUGGUGCGCGAGGCUGGUCUGUCGCUGGUUGCUCCGUCGUCCCCCACGUACUUCCCGACGCGGGCGGCUCAACGCCCGUCUGUCCUGGACUUUUUUCUGUCCACUGGUGUGCCUGUGCUCAACGUCGCGACUCGUCUCGCCCUCGACUCUGACCACCUGCCCGUCUUUGGUGAGCUCCAGCUCGAGUGCGACUUUGGCGGCGUACAGGAGCGCCUCGAUUUUCGGCGGGCUGAUUGGCCGGCUUAUCGCCGUUGUCUGGACUCGCACCUUGACCUGACUGCGGUCCCUCGCACUCCUCAAGAUCUCGACGAGACUGCCACGUCCUUUGCGGCUCUCCUGACCAUGGCUGCUGCUGAGGCUGUUCCGGUCUGCCGUGCUCCCCGCUCCGGCCCGCCGAUGCCGCGCGAGCUCCGCCGCCUUCUUACACUGCGCAACCGCGCUCGCGGCCGCUGGCAGCGCCAACGUGGUGAUCGCCUCCUCGCUGAGUACCACGCGCUCAAGUCUGAGGUCCGCCGUGCGGUUGCCGCUUGGCAGGCGCAGGUGCAGCUCGCCCGCAUUCAGGCCCUUUCGCUGACUCGUGGCACCGUGUGGACGUUCCUGCGGAAGCUGCGUGCGACUCGCACCACGGUGCCGCCUCUUUGCGUGGAUGGCGCCCUGUUGGAAGACCCCGCCACCAAAGCUGCUGCCCUGGCCGCUAGGUUUCACGAGACAUUCCAGCCGCAUGCUUCUUCUGCUCUCCGUGCUGCGCCGCAGCUCGCUGCCUCCGCCCCUGUGGACGAAGACCCGUUCCGCGGCUACUUGCUGGCCACACCGCGGGAGGUGCGACGCGCCAUCGGCAGCUUACGAAGCCGUGUCGCCCCUGGUCUUGAUGGCGUUCAGGCUCCACUGCUGCACCAUCUGUCGCGAAGGGGCCUCGUGUACUUCACGCAGCUCUUAAACGCCAUCCUUCUCCUCCAGCACUAUCCGACCCCCUGGAAGACAGCGGUGGUGGUGCCCGUUCCGAAGAAGGGGCAGGAUGUACGGCUGCUCACCGGCCACCGGCCUAUCUCCUUGCUGUCGGUGCUCUCAAAGGUGGCGGAGAAGAUCUUGCUCGCUCGCCUGCGUCUCCUUGUUGACCGUCUGGAUUUACUGCCGCCUACGCAGUUUGGCUUUCGGAAACGUCAUUCGGCUCUCCACUCCUUGGCGGUCGUCGUGGAUGACAUCACCCGAGCCUUCAACAGCCACGAACACUCGGUCUUGGUCCUGUUGGACUUGUCUCGUGCUUUUGACUGCAUCAGUCACUCGCUCCUCCUGGCCAAGCUCCGCACCUUUGGUUUUCCGGAGCGCUUCCUUGCCACCUUGUGUAGUUUCCUCUCCGGCCGCACUUUCCGGGUGCGCGUGGACUCUGCCUUGUCCGCGCCGCUCUCCGUUGAUGCCGGCGUGCCACAAGGAGCUUUGCUGAGUCCGCUGCUGUUCGCCUUGUUUGUUGCUGACAUUCCGGUGCUGCCUGCUGCCAAGACCUUGCAGUACGCGGAUGACACCGCCCUUCUGCUCACUGGUCCGGAUGCACUCCUGCUGGGUGCUCGUGCGCAGACCUGCCUUCGGUCGAUCGCCACUUACCUGCAGUCGUGGGGCCUCCUGCCGAACCCGCAGAAGACGAAAGCCAUCUUCUUCUCCAAGCGCCGCAGUCGCCCGCCACCUCCGCUGACACUGCUGGGCACCGUCCUCCCGUGGACGCGGUCUGCGCUGUACUUGGGGCUGCACCUGGACUCGUCGCUCACCUGGAACGAACACGUCUCGCACAUGGCCGGCCGCGCUCGCACGGCCAUGCAGGCUCUCCGGCCCGUCCUCUCGCCGCGCAGUACUCUGCCUCUGGACAUGCGGGUCCGCCUCUGGCAGGCGCUUGUGCUGCCCAUCCUGCUCUACGGUUGCGUGGUGUGGGCGUACGUGCCACCUUUCACCUUUCGGCCGAUCCGCUCCACGUACCAUUGGUGCCUGCGGUAUCUGCUCGCCACACCUCAUCGGACAGCCGUCACCCGCCUGUACGACCUUGCUGGCGUCGCUCCGCCCGACGAAGUUGUUCGCCGUCUGGCCUCCGCUUUCUUCCGCCGUGCUGCCCGGCACCUGAACCCGGCCAUCAACUCCCUGGCGGACUACGACCCCACUGUGGCCCACCCUCACCGUCGCAUCAGGGACUUUGUCGGCGGCAGUCAGAAGCUGCUGGAGUUGCGGUGCCUGGUGCUGCUCCUGGUGGCGGGAUCUACAAGCUGCUGGCCUGCGCGGGACUUCGCCGAGCGCCGCCUGGAUGGUGCUGCCCCUGGUGGCGGCCUGCGCAACUCCGUGCUGCCCGCGCCCUGUGUCGUCAUCGCAGGCGAUCGUCUGCUGAAUAAUGAGCUGGCCGACAUCCUUCACCGCUGGACGCCCGACCUGGUGCUGCUCACCGAGACCUGGCUCAAGCCGCACUUGGCGCUUGACGUCCCGGGCUACGUGUGCCACCGGGCUGACCGCCAUGCUGGGCCGCGGGGCGGGGUUGCUGUGCUGGUGCGGUGCCACAUCCCCCACUACCGCCGUGCUGUUCCUGCGCUGGCCGCGGCGGAGGCGGUGGCUGUUCGGCUGACGUCCACGCGCCCGGCCCUCACGGUGGCGGCCGUCUACCUGCAGCCUAAUCGGGUGCUGCCCGCGGCGGACCUGCUGCUGCUGGCCCGGCUGGAUGGUGCUGUCCUGCUGGCUGGCGAUUUUAACUGCCGCCAUACUCGCUGGGGCUGCGCCGCCGACACCUUCCGUGGCCGCGCCCUCUUGCGGUUCACCGCAGCGUGCGACCUCACCAUCCAUGCGCCUCCUUCGCCUACUUACUGUCCUACCCGGGCUAACCAGCGCCCUUCUGUUCUGGAUUUGUGCCUGACCACCCAACGGCUCACCGUCGUUUCCUUGGCCGUCCUCUCUGACCUCGCCUCGGAUCACUUACCGGUGGUCGGUGUUCUCCAGGGUCUUCUGGCUGCUGGCCCUCCUCUGCGGCGGCGCGACUACCAGCGGGCGGAUUGGCCGGCCUUUCGGAGGCACCUGGAUGACCAGCUGGACCUGGGGCUGACGGUGGCGACCCCUGAGGACCUGGAUGACGUGGUGGAGCGGUUCGCUGCCGCCAUUGGCUGUGCGGAGCGUGCGGCCAUCCCGUUGCGGCCUGUGCGCCCGGGGGGCAAGCCUUUGCCACCACCCCUGCGUGCGCUGAUCCGGAUGCGGAAUGCUGCCCGGCGUUGCUGGCAGCGCCUGCGCCACCCCCAGGCGCUGGAGGAAUACCGGUACUACAAGGGCCGCUGCCGCCGUGCCGUUACCGACUGGCAGGCCUCUCAGCACCUUCUGGCCUUGCAGUCUUUAUCGGCGCAGACGGGCUCGGUGUGGGGCUACGUCCGGGGCCUGCGCUCCCGUGCCGCUGGUGUCCCGCCGCUACAGUCUGGUCAGCGCUUCCUGGAUGACCCCCGGGAUAAAGCGGAGCUGUUGGCGGGCCACUUCGAGUCCACCUUCGUGCCGCACGCUGUCCCGGCGGCUGGGCCGACCGCUGCCGCCUUCCGGGAUCUGCCGCCGCUGCCGCUCCCGGCCGCCGUGGGCUCCCUGCUGGUCACGCCUCGUGAGGUGGAGCGUGCCGUGGGCCGGCUGAAGCUGGGGAAGGCUCCUGGCCCUGAUGGUGUGCGCCCCGUUUUGGUGAAAUCCCUCUCCCGGAAGGCGCUUAUUUAUUUCACCAAGCUGUGCAACUUCAGUCUUCUUCUGGCGCACUUUCCUCUGCCGUGGCGUCAUGCUGUGAUCGUCCCGGUCCCCAAGACACACCCUGCCUCUCCAGAUGUUGCCCAGUACCGGCCUAUCUCUCUGCUGUCUUGCCUCUCCAAGGUGUUCGAACGCAUGCUUCUUGGUCGCCUGGGGCUGCAUCUAGCGGUCCAUGGUUCCCUGCCUGAUUUCCAGUUUGGGUUCCGCCGGCACUUGUCGGCCCUCCAUGCUGUUGCGUACGUGUCCGACCUGAUUACGGCCGGCUUCAACCGGCGGGCGCAUUCCAUCCUCGUGCUGCUGGACUUGAAGCGCGCCUUCGACUCGGUCCACCAUGCCGCUUUGGUGCACAAGCUGCGGCAGACGGAGCUCAGUCCUCAUCUGCUGAAUCUCCUACAGAGUUUCCUCGCUGACCGCACGUUUGCUGUCCGAGUUGAUGGCGCGCUCUCCGGGAUUCAUCGGGUGGCUGCUGGAGUGCCGCAGGGGGCGAUCCUGAGUCCUACGCUGUUCGCUGUGUUCCUGGCGGACAUGGCGCCCCCGCCUGGGGCUACUUUGGCGCUCUACGCAGACGACACGGCGGUCCUGGUGACCGGCGACGAUGCGCAGGUGCUGCAAGCGCAGGCGCAGGUGGCGUUGCGUCAUUUGAGCGGCUACAUGGCCUCCUGGGGUAUCUUACCCAAUCCUGCGAAGACCCAGGUGCUCUUCUGCACCAAGCGCCGCCGGCGGCCCCCGGCCCCACUGGUGCUCCUGGGCGUCUUGCUGCCGUACUUGCCUGCCGUGAAGUACCUGGGGGUGUUGCUGGACGCCACCUUCACCUGGCAGCCCCACAUCACGGCGGCGGUUCGGAAGACCCGGAUUCUGCACAGGACGUUGCGGCCGGUGCUGGGGGCGCGGAGUGGCGUGCCUCAGCCGACGCGGCUGUUGGUGUACAAGACCUACAUCCUGCCGGUCUUGCUGUACGCAUCGGUGGUUUGGGCGACGCUCCCCCGGACUUGCUGGCGCCCCAUCAAUUCGGUGCUGCACGCUGGCCUGCGUCUGGUGCUCGGGUACCCGCUGUGGACGCCCGUGGAAUUGUUGUACCGCCUCUCUGGACUCCGGCGGCCGGUGGAGAUGGUUGCUGCCUUCGCCCAGCGGUUCUUCCGACGCAACGAGCGCAGCCUCAACCCGUUGGUGCGGUCCAUCGGUGACUACGACGUUGCGGAGCCCCAUGCGCAUCCUCGGAUACGAGACUUUCUUCGUGCCGAUCCCCCCUAACUUUGACAUUUUUACGUGCUGUGCGUCGUUUGUCUCUUGCGGUCUUUGGUGUGCCUUGUGUGCUUCGGUGUGUUUGUGUUUUUCUUUUUCAGGUUAUUUUGGACUGUAAUUGAUUACUUGUGUCAGGGUGAUGAUUGUAUAUUAGUGUCUUGUUUGCUGUUUGUGUUUAUUAAAUGAGUGUUUUGUGUGCCUUCCCCCUCCCUCCUAGGCCCACUUGGUUCUUUGUUAGGGUUCGGGGGGGUGCUCUUGUUCAGCCUUCUGCUGUAAUUUAUUUAUUUAGGGUUCUGUGUCCUUGUUUAACUUCUUGCCUGCGCUGGGUGUAUUUUGUGCUUUUGUUCUGCGCCACGCUUUUCGUGGGUGCCUCCUGGCCUCUUUCUGGCCUUUUUAUUGUUGGGGCUUUAGUUUUUAAACGGAUCCCCCAUUAGUUUGCUGUUUCUGCUAUCACUUGUGCUUAUUAUAUAUUUUUAAUUAUUUCACUGUUUCUGAGACCAAUGUGGCUGCCUUCCUUUAAUUUAGGGAUUUUUUAUUCGCCUCACUAGGCAUUCUUUUUGCGAUGUUUUUAAUCGUCGCUUUCUUUUGUUGCCGCGACCCGCGAGUGUUCGGGUCGCCUCUUUUCCUCCUUUUUAUGGUUUCGGUGGCAUAUUGCCGCCCAUGCAUAGUUUUCG